GCCAGCCCGUCCCAACCAGAAACUCUAGUACUCCUGAAGGGUUGACAGCACAACAAGCACUUCACAAGGGACUAUACGGCUUUAACAUUUUCGGUUAUUUUGAUAUUUUCGCAACCACGUGUGAAGUGUUUUUGAACACUGGGAACACUCUAUAUCAUUUAAAAUGUGGAAAUUUAUCAUAUUGAUAGGUUUAAUAAGUAUUGGAUGCACCGUCGCUCAAGGUCAACAAGGCCAAGGGUCACAGUUCAACUCACCAUGUCUGCAAAUGUUCGACCAAUUGUUCCGAAAGUGUUUUAUGGAUAAUGGCAACUUUAAACUGGAGUCCAUCUUUUCACUGGUCACCAAUGGUUCAAGCGGUCCGCUUCCAUCCGGCACUAGCAAACAACAGCUCACACAGACCGUUUGCGGAAAUAGACAGACAAUCGAUACUUGCGUGAAACCAAUCAUCAAGAACAUGAAUGUCAAGUGCAGCGACCGGGAAAAAAUGAUGAUGGACUCCACGGUGCAGUCCACCGGAAGAGCUAUCGCUGUUAUGUGUGGCGUUACACCUGAAAUGCCCCCAUGUUUGAAAAAGUUUGACGAGAAUUUCAAAGCCUGCAUGACGCAACAGAAAGUUAACCAAGAGAAUUACUUCAAACUACUCGCCAACCAGACCGAGGGAACAGGAAUGACAUUUAAGCAGCUGAGAGAUAGUACUUGCAACAAACCAACACAGCAGAUUAUUGUUGGAUGUGCAUCGGGUGGGUUACAAUCGUUGGCCAAUGAAUGUACAAAGCAAGAACAAUUCAUGGUCGGACAGACUCUUCAAAAUAUGAUGGCCUCAUACCAAGCCGUGUGCACUGGUCAGCCGCUGGUGGGGCCAGGUCGCGCUCCAAGUCCCUGUCUCCAGAAAUUUGAGUCAAAAAUGAACCAGUGUUCUAUCAACAGCAUGAGUGCUCCCCUGAAUGACAUCAUGAUUCUUCUGACGCGAGGACAGGUUCCUGAAGGACAAGAUAUGAAAGAACUUAACAAGACAAUCUGCGAAAACUUUCACGCGUUUGAGGAAUGCGGUAAAAAGGUAGUCAUUGAAAAUAGAUGUAAAGGAAAAGAUCUACUGAUCUCGGAGGGAACAUUUGCCAACGUCAUCAUCACUGUGGGUGCCUACUGUCACGACACCACUGUCCCGGGGGCAUGUAUGCUUACACUGCAGCAACAGUUCACCAAAUGUUUCUCUAAGGUCGGCCUGGACCCAGCCGUUUACUUCUCCAAUAUCACCUCCCACAAGGGAGCUAUUCUGGGAACCACCGAGGGAAUGGCUAAAAAAUACUGCAGCGAGAAGAGUAGCCUCUACACGUGCAUGAAGAAGGUGAUGCACCAGUGCCCUGGUGCUGAGCAGACGAUGUCGAUGACGGGAUUUGAUCUUGUGUCAAUGGAGCGGGCCGUUGGUAUUCUCUGUGACGAUAUUCCCGAGUAUCUGGCUGGAAUCAAUUGUUUUGAGCAACCCAGUAAUGAGGCCCAAGUCUGUAUCGCUAACAUGGGACGAGCCAUCACUCAGAUGUCUGCAAACCAGAUGGCGAAAGGAAUCAGCAUAGACGGAUUUUUGAACGAGUUCUGCAAAAUCCGUGUUGAUCAUGUAACUUGCGACUCCAAAGCCUGGCCAACGUGUGACUCCAGAGCCAUCGCCCUGAAAACUAAGUUUGAGUGUCAUCUGCUUCCAAUGAGAUGUCAUGACGUCAGAGAAGGAGAAAUCGCUAAAGUCUGUCCACCAGAUUCCCGCAUUAAGCCACACACUUGUGUCGAUGACGUAAAAGUUAAUAUCGGAAGCUGUUUGGCCCCAUAUAACAUUGAUCCAGAGACAUUUAUCGUCAAUGUAACGCACGAUCGUAGCAGUAUGCUUGGAGGUCGAUCUCAAGCCCAAAGAUUCUGCCAGAACAGGAAUUCCGUCCUUAAAUGUCUCCGAGAGACGGUGGAUAGCUGUGCCGGAGCAUCCGAGGUCUUGGCUUUCUGGGGACAUCAGCAAGAUCUCUUAGACGACGCACUGGAUCUUCUCUGUAAAAACAUAGAUGGAUAUGAACAGCUUACUGCCUGCGCUGCUGGUGCAUCCUCCCAAAUCAACCAGUGUCAGAAAAAUUCGGAAAUGAAGAUGGGAGAUUUAACAAAACUGAGACCAAACACCCAAAUGUCUGCCACUUACUACGCGCAGUUUUGCAGUGUCCGGUUAGAACAACUCCAGUGUGACCUGAAGGCCGUCCGCAGCUCUUGUGACGCAGCAUCAAUUGGCUUGAAGACCGAAUUUGAGUGUAACCUUAUCCAGGACAGAUGUCAAGGACUGAGAAGAUCUGAAUUCAAACGGAUAUGUAAUGUUAACAACUACGCACGCUCCAACCGCGGACAAACUUCCGGUGGUGGAUCACAGAACACAAACUCUAAUAAUAGAGCAAAUACAAAAGGUGGUCAGCAGGGAGGAAACAGCGCUAAUGGACUAUUUAGUUUUUCGGCUACCCUCGUUACUAUGGGACUUUCCUUACUUGUAUUGUUGUAAAUUAUAGUUUGAUUUUUGAAUAUUGAUUCUGCCAUAUUCAGUCAUGAUGGGACUUCAUGUUUCUGAUUUAGCCUAUUGCUGAAUAGGCAUAAAAUUUAGUACGGGAAGCAAAUAUCAUUGUUUAAGAAAUAUGAAAUACAACUAAGACGGUAAAUUAUUCUGAUGACGUCAUAAAGACCGAGGAAUAUGUCCAUGGGAGGAAUAAUGUCUCAUUUCUCAUUUAUCUGUAAAACUUGUUUAAAAAUGCAUGUGAUGCUGUAAAUCCGGAAUAAUGAAGCUACAAAUACGUAACUGGGGCAGUGUCCGCUGAAUGACUGAGAUUGCAGUGCUGGAUUAGGAGCCCUGUCAAUCAAGCGUCGACUUGCCGUAAUUACGAGUGUUAUUUUGUGUCUGUGUGGAAUUAGUAUUUAUGUGUCUACAUGUCUUGCAAGUGCAAGAAUUAAUUUAUAUGUUGUCAAAUCAAAAUGAGCGCUCAUUCUGAUAUUGUUGAUUUUAUAAUAAAAUGUUCUAUAAAGUUA